AUGGGAGUGCUAAGGAUCCAGCAUGGCUUUGUUGGGUCCAGUGGAACAUCACAGGUGGUGUUCACGUUCCUUUUGAUUCCGUGUUGCUUGACUGUGGAUUUCAGAGCACCCCCUAUCUUCCCAAAUACUCCUUUUCUCUGGACCUGGAAUGCCCCAACUGACGUUUGUGCUGAGAAGUUUAAUGUGUCACUAGAUCUGAGCCUCUUCUCUUUAGUAGGAAGCCCCCGAGUAAAUGUCACAGGACAAAAUAUUACGUUAUUUUAUAGUGAUAGACUUGGCUACUAUCCUUAUAUAGAAGCAAAGACAGGCAAACUUGUGAAUGGAGGACUCCCCCAGUCGGGAUCCUUACCAGGUCAUUUGGAGAAAGCUAAGGCUGACAUUUCCUAUUACAUUCCAACAGACCACGUGGGCUUGGCUGUCAUUGACUGGGAAGAGUGGAGGCCUACCUGGGUAAGAAACUGGCAAGCUAAAGAUAUUUACAGGCAGCAAUCUAUUUUGCUGGUUCAGGAAGAAAAUGCACAACUUAACCUCACCGAGGCCACCAAGACAGCCAAAACAAUGUUUGAAAAGGCAGGAAAGAGUUUCAUGCUAGAGACUUUAAAACUUGGAAAAUCACUUAAGCCAAAUCACUUAUGGGGUUUUUAUCUUUUCCCUGAGUGUUACAAUCAUUAUAAAGGAUCCGAUUACAAUGGAAGUUGCUAUGAUAUAGAAAAGAUAAGAAACGAUGGACUUGACUGGUUGUGGAACGAAAGCACUGCCCUUUACCCAGCCAUUCACUUGAAUAUCAAAUUAAAGUCUUCUCCACUAGCUGCACUCUUUGUCAGGAAUCGUGUUCAGGAAGCCAUUCGAGUUUCUAAACUUCCCAGUGCUGAAAGUCCACUUCCCAUCUUUACAUAUACACGCCUAGUUUUUUCUGAUAAGCCUUCAGAAUAUCUUUCUCAGCAAACUUGCACGGCCUUAGACAAUCACAUGAAGACCACACUGAAUCCUUACAUUAUCAACGUCACCCUAGCAGCCAAAAUGUGUAGCCAAGUGCUUUGCCAGGAGAAAGGGGUGUGUACAAGGAAACAUUGGAAUUCAAGUGACUAUCUUCACCUGAACCCAAAGAAUUUUGCUAUUCAAACUGGGGAAAAUGGAAAAUACACAAUACAUGGGCAACUCACACUCGAAGACCUGCAGCAAUUUCCCCAAAAAUUCUAUUGCACCUGUUAUGCCAACACCAGUUGUGAAGAGAGAGAUGAUAUAAAAAACAUUGGUGCUGUCAAUGUAUGUGUUACUAACGAUAUUUGUAUAGAUGGCUUUUUAAACUCAAAACCCGGCCGUAAAACCCUGAAAGGUGGCCUCUGUGCAUACCUGGUGGAAAAGAUCAUCCUUAUCUCCAAAGACAAGAGACGUCAAGAAGAAUUCAAACCCACAGGCUUUGCUGUUUCCCCUGGCUUACUGCACCCACCUCACACUCCUUAA